CUUCGUUCUCCACUUCGGCUUCGACCCGACCCUCUCUCGUCGCGCUCUCUCUCGGUCCACCCGUUCCCUCGCACGCGUUUCAUGUCCCUCACCCCCACCGACGCUACAGGAUCCGCAUCGUCCCCUACAUCUCGAGCUCCCCUCCCGAGCCCUAGCCCCGUCCAUGGCCACCCCAGCGAUCUCCGCUCCCCCCGCCGCUCUCCGCCCCCCGAUGCCUCCGUCGUCGACGGCGGCGGCGGCGGCGGCGGCGGCGAUGGCGCGGUCGAGUGCCAUGAAUCAGCAGCUGCUGCUACUGAGGAUUCUCUCAAUUCUUCCAAAGAGGUAACCGGUUUAAGUGUCCCUAAUUCCAAGAGUGAGCCAUAUGGUGAUGUUGGCAGCACCAUUGCAAUGAGCCAGUCGGCUGGUAGAGAAGGAGCAUCUUCUCAACCCCGGUCUGAUCCUGUUGGAUCCGUUCAAAUUUAUCCUGCCCAAUCAUCUACAAGGAGAAGCCAAGGUGUUAAUGCUAAUUAUUUGCUAAACUUCCAUUAUGAUCCAAUUUCUCGGCCACAGCCAAGGACCCAGCCCAGGGUACCUCCUCCAAGACGACAACAAAAGAUCAAACCUUACAAUAAGGACCUAUUCCUCCAAGCAAAUUACAAAUUUGUUGUGCUGGACACUGGAAAUUAUGAAGUCGAAUCAAUGGAUCCAGAUAAAAUGUUUCAAUGGGAAGAUAUUAUCUGUGUAAGGUACUCUACCCCGGCACCGGUGCAAUGCCCGAUUUGCUUAGAAAGCCCUCUUUGCCCGCAGAUAACUUCCUGCGGUCAUAUCUACUGUUUCCCUUGCAUUUUGAGGUAUCUUCUAAUGGGCGAAGAGGAUCAUAAAGGCGAGAGCUGGAAAAAGUGUCCCCUAUGUUUCAUGAUGAUAUCUACAAAGGAUUUGUACACUAUCCUUAUUGAGAACGUCAAGCAGUUUCAUGUUGGAGAUUACGUAACAUUUACGCUCCUUAGCAGAUCGAAAAAUUCACUAGUUCCCUCACUUAAAAAUCAGAAUUCUGAAUGUCCUUUUCCAUUAGAAGGUGAAGGUGCCAGUGACUCGUUUUCGAAGUUCAUUUUAACCUCUGAUGUGGAGCUAUCUGUACGAGAAGCCAAAGCAGAUCUUAAUAACUGGCUACAUAAAGCCGACUGUGGAGUUGUCGAUGACUUGGAGAAGCUUCCAUAUGUUUGUGCUGCUCUGGACCAGCUAGAGGAGAGAAUGAAAUCUUGGAUGGAGCAUCGGCUGUAUAGCAGCAGCCCUCCCCUAAUGAGUAAUCCCUCUCCUCCAUCUAGCCAGAAGGUUAUGCGGACCCUUCAUAAGGUACCACCUAAUUUGUUGAACUUAUAUUCAGAUGGAAACAGCGCCCACUUAGAUACUUCAGGGUCAGUUUUUGGUGAGAAUCAUACUGGUAUAAAACAGCGCAAAACCUUUUUUGGUGGGGAAGUUGGUAUCGACAGUUCUCCAUGCUCACUGGCUGGUUCUCCUGAACAAUUAAAGAACUCUGAGAAAGCUCUAUUAUCAAAUGAUGAAGACAAAGCUGUGGAGGUACAUUUGGUUGACCGGAAGGAUGCAAAGGAAAGGGACUCAUACACAUUCUACCAGGUGGCUGAUGGUCAGCACCUGAUUCUUCACCCGCUUAACAUGAAGUGUCUUCUGCAUCAUUAUGGUGGCUAUGAUAUGCUUCCACCCAGACUUAGCGGAAAAAUAUUGGAGCUGGAGAGUGUAACUCAGUCCGAAGCUAUGAGAAGGCGCUAUCGGUUCUUGAGUCACUUCUCUUUAACAACAAUAUUUCAGCUUUGUGAAAUUGAUCUGAGUGACGUACUGCCUCCCAGUUCAUUGUCACCAUUCAUGGACGAAAUAAAAAAGCGUGAGAAACAGAGAAACCGGCUCGCUAAAAAGGAGCAAGAUGAGAGAGAAAAGGCUGAAGCUGCUGCGGCGAAGGCUGAAGCUGCUGCAAUGCAUGCUAAAGCGAUACGUGAUCCAAGUGAUCCGAGAGAUUUUUCCCACAAGGAUGCAAUUUUCUCAUUGGAUGACUUCGAAGCGUUAGGAAGCAGUGCUCCGCCUUCUACUAGCCCUCCAUCAUCUGGCGAGAGAAAGCUAUUCUCUGAUGUGACGCGCCUCGGUUUUGCCUCUGCCCAUGAUUCUCCUUCCUUGAGAGUUGGAUCUGUUGGGUCAUCUGGAACCAUGAAAGAGAGCAUGACUGAAGCUUCUAACAAUCAUGGUCCUUCGUCCGUGACCACGCUGUCUUUCGCGAACGCGAUAUCGUCCGCGAGAGCCGUCGAGAGACCGGAAGAAGCGCACCGAGCAAACGGGUUCGGUAAAAGAGGAAAGAAACCGGCGGCCCGGGUGCUCCUCUCGACCUCUAGCGGCCGCCGCUACUGAUCGAGGAAUUGCUUCCGGUAAACUCUUAACAAGCUUGUACAAUAGACAUGUAAAUUUGUUCAUCAUAGAGUUCCAACUCGAAAACCCACUCGCAAUGCUUUGUUUUUAUUUUAUUUUAUUUUAUCUUAUUUUAUUUAUUUUUUCCCUGCCUUGUUUAAGCCUUAAACUGCUUUGUCUGAGACGUGGUUUUUGCCCUUUCCCACUUUCCUGGGAUGUUGUUGUUCUGUGUAAUUAUAUAUAUUCGCAACUUUGCGGAUCGUUAACUGGGUACUGGGUAAUGAAAAUAAAACAGUAUUAUUAUUUAGAUAAAGA